AUGGUGCACACUUUGACCCCCAAUGAUGUCACUUCCUGUCUUAGCACUAAGAUCGAGAAGGAGAAGAAGGAGCAUGCGCGGCAGCAUGGCAUGAUCCGCACUGAGAUCAGCGGGGCAGAGAUAGCAGAGGAGAUGGAGAAGGAGAGGAGGUUCUUCCAGCUGCAGAUGUGUGAGGUGGGUAAGGAAAGUGGUGGAGCUCAGGCCUGGGUUGCCAGAUAAGGUCAAGUACAGAGACGUAGUGGAGGGUUUGCUGACAUUGUGAAAUUCUGUCUCGCAGUAUCUUCUUAAAGUGAAUGAGAUCAAGAUCAAGAAAGGGGUGGACCUACUCCAGAAUCUCAUCAAAUAUUUCCAUGCACAGUGCAAGUAAGUCCUGAACUCAGUGAAAGUUUGCAUUUAACCAAAUGUUCACCUCGUGGGGAAAACGGCUGAUGUAGAUUUGUCUGUCUCUCUUCAGUUUCUUUCAGGAUGGGCUGAAGGCAGUAGACAACCUCAAACCCUCCAUAGAGAAGCUAGCCAUAGACUUACACACGGUGAGUUCCUCAAGACUACUGUUGACAUCUUUAUGGGUAUGUAAGGACUUUCCUGUUGAAUUCAACAAAAGUAUUCUGUGUGACUCUGUAAUCUUUGUAUGACCCAUGUGACCUUUGUAUGACCUAUGUAUGACCUUUCUGUGACCUCUCCAGAUAAAGCAGGCCCAGGACGAGGAGAGGAAGCAGCUCACUCAGCUACGGGACGUCCUCAAGUCAGCGCUACAGGUGGAGCAGAAGGAGGUAACACCCAUAGACUGAGACAGCUCUAGGGCCCAUAGCCUGUUUUAGCAUGGGCAGCGCCACUGAGGACUUUCACCAUUUUUAAGUAGUCAACAGGGAGUGACUUCCUGUGGGUUAAGGAAGGAUCACAUCAUUCCAUCCAGGUCAUCAAAAGAGAUCAGGCAAUCAAUUAUACUCCUGAGCAAUGUUCCCUCAAAGCUGCGCACAGUAGCCCGAGACUGCUGCGCGGCUCUCCUGGGACUGCAGCGCAGAAAUAUCAGCCCACAGAGAGAUGCAGGAAUUUGAACUUCACUCAACUUUCUAGAGCAGUGGUCACCAACCGGUCAAUCGCGAUCGACUGGUCGAUCUCCAAGGCAUUCCUAGUCGACGAUAAAGCCUUUUGUUCCUUUUAUUAAUUUUUUUGCCUCGGGUUGUUUGCCGUAGGUGCACAUGAUUCAGCUGCCCUGUUCGUUGGGUAGGCAAACUGUUGCCAUUUGAACAUUUUACAUUUACAUUUUAGUCAUUUAGCAGACGCUCUAAUCCAGAGCGAUUUACAGUUAGUGAGUGCAUACAUUUACAUACUGAACCAUUUAAUGUGUCUGAAGGUACAAACUCUGCCUUCCCGGCGGGCCCAGAGAGCAAAUCAAGUGUGCUAUAGGCCUACCGCUGGCCAGUUUGGAUGGCUCAGAUGACCGUGUCUGCAGUAACAUAGCUACAGCAAAGUUGAUACUGUGAGAUUUCAAAAUGUAUAAAACCAUGACUAGAGAGAGACUGUCAACGAAUACAGCAAAGAGAUGCUGUUUUUAUGAGUGAGUUCAUGCUUAAGUUCUUACUCAGCACUGUCAACACUUCGUAUUCAACACUUUUAUAAGCCAUAAAAUGUGUGUUCUUCCUAUUUCCACUCAGGGCUACAACAAGCACUUCUGCAGUAAUGAAUGAGUAGGAAAGUGUAUCUAUAGGCUUGCGUUGUUGUUAUUAUUAGCGGCUUGGGUCUUUUUUAAUAUCGAGGAAUAUUUCACUUUCUCUGUUCAUAGGAGUAACAACAUGAAUUUGUGCGUGAGGCAGAUUUCGCAAUCAGUUGGAAGACGGUGUCCCUUUUUGGUCAGUGUCAGUUGGAAGACGGUGUCCCUUUUUGGUCAGUGUCAGUUGGAAGACGGUGUCCCUUUUUGGUCAGUGUCAGUUGGAAGACGGUGUCCCUUUUUGGUCAGUGUCAGUUGAGAUGUUGAGAGGAGGACCGUCAGUCUGCUGCUCUUCCCUCCUAUUCUAUUGCGUUGUCACGCACCACUCAGCCCGUAUUCUACACUGACCGAUGCAGCAUAAACCAUCAGAGCUGCAGUAGGCCUAUAUGCAAAUAGACCAUUGCCAUAUAUGGAUCUGUGCCAUUUACUUUGAACUGGACUGUGUUUACAGCAAGAGCGGUCGUGAGUAGAUGCGCUUGUUUUGAGAUCAAAGCGAGAGCUGCAUGUAACCACGUGUGCACAUUUUGUUCAUAUCCUUUGCUAGUUAGUGAGUUAUAAGCCUAGUUAUAGAUCAUUUGUAGUCAGCAAUAGGGGAAUGAUUGCUUCCAACAAGAGCACAAAGCGUAUACAUUUCUAGACAUCUUUUAAAAACGAGUCAGGUAAAGAGCUUUUUUUUUGUCUUAAAGGGGCAGUGUUGUAUUUUGAGAAAUGCUUGAAUAAGCUAAGUAGUCAAUAGGCAGAUAGCAUAAUUUGUCUGAUUCUUUGUAAUAAUGGUAUGGGAAUAAUAAUGCAUUUUAUUUUUUAAAGUGGUUUCUUGCAUCAUCCAGCACAACGUUUUCAGUCACCUCCUUGUCUGAAGGACAAGUGGAUAAACAGGUUAAUGUCAAGCCCUGCAUGUUUUUAAAAAAAGUAUCAUGGAAUGUAGGCCUACAUUGAACAACACACAUUGGCUGCUACUGUAGGCUGAAUGAUAGAACAGCUAUUUCCAUGUUAAAAUGUUAUGGGAUGCAUUUUCUCCAUUGUUUUUGAUGGUAGGCCACUGUAGUAGGCCUACAUUAUGAUCAAAUAGCUACAGUAGCCAACUUGACCACUGUUAAAACUGUAACUUAAAGUGGGUACAGGCUCAGUGUUCACAGUAAACGUGUAAACGCGCGCUGGACGUUGCACCGAAUUUUCACAACGUUCAAGUUUGCACUCAGCUGACCUGAAGUUUGCUCAGUGCCCACAUUUUUUUGAGGGAACAUUGCUCCUGAGCAAACAUUCCAUAGCUACAGGUGGCAGUAAAUACAAACCUUGGCUUCAUACCUGUUCAGACAACACACUCCAGGUGGCAGUAUGCACCCUAUCUGUUUGUUUAACGACUCAUAGAAGUAGUAGAAGAAGAAAUGGACUACUUCAAAAUGGAGAAAGGCGCUGCCUAUGCCGCCAUUUUGGCACAGAUGCAAAGAAGCCCCCUCUAUCGACCUUUAAUGGGAACACCCACCAAUGACACACAAACAGUACACACACAUGGCAACCCUCUACUGGCCUAGUCUUUUCACUGUCACAAGCCCAAGUUAGACCUACAAUAAUAUAGCUGUCUGUAUCUAAUCUAAUCUGCUUCAUUCCUAUCCUAUUAGUGAUGCAUUUACAUGUUCAAAAUCCUGAUAUACAUAACCAAAGCCCCCUUCACUCCCUGUCAACUUUAGCAAGCUAAUUGAAAGAACCCAUUAAUGGUAUAUGGUGCACUCUUACGAUGUGCUUUAAUACUGUCUUUUACCGGAUGCUUUUAUCCAAAAUGACUUUCAGUUGCCACAUGUACUUAUGUACUUCCUGGCUUUAGCUACUAUGUGGAGAACUAGGCUACUGUCUGUUUUAUCUCUAUGUUCUCUUCUUCACUUCACUGCCUCCGCCUCUUUGUGAACCAAGUCUAGGAGAGUAAGUUUAUCGUCUGCGCGCACUUUCUGUGCUUGUCUAUCUAUGGUUGUGGUGUUUUGUCAAUCAUUUUCAAAAGAGAGCGUUUGUGGGGGAAGAGAUGGGCGGGGCAGGGCGGUUGGGGGGGGGGGGGGAUUUGAAACGCGGAGGUGCUAUCUGUACUUAUGAAAUAGUUGUUUUCCUUUUUAAUUGUUACACCUGAAGACGUUCCUUUAGAAGGCCUUUGCCCCUCCCCCUCUCGGUUUCCCUAUACCACUUUCUGUGACGAGGGGAUGUCACUAGUGCAUGACCCCAGGGCUUUGCUUGUCUUAUAUGUACAUAUUGUAGCAGCAUCUCAAUAGUCUAAAGAUGCUCCCCUUCCUUGUCUCCUCUCCUUCAUCGGCACUAAAAGCAGUGGAUGGGUGAAAGCAGAUGCCCAGCCAGCAUCCCGAUCCGCCAUAUUGCUUUCUCCUAUCCUGGAAUUUUCAGAUUAGAGCUGACAAAGGAGAGGUACAAGGAGAGGAAGCCACUGUAGACAAUUGAGAUGCACCCCACCCAAACUCACUGGCUGUUGUGUCUUGUGCCUUAUGUUUGUGUGUGUGUGUGUGUGCCGGUAUUGUUGAAGGAGUCCCAGGUUCGACAGAGCACCACCUACAGUUUGCACCAGCCUCAGGGCAACAAGGAGCACGGUACCGAGCGCUGUGGGAACCUCUACAAGAAGAGUGACGGGUCAGUUUCUCGCUUUCUUCUGUUAAACGUGUAGCAUCUUCAAAAAACAUUCAAAGAACCAAAUGGCCAGACCAAACAAACAAACACACAAAGUUCCCUCAGGUAAUUGUGAUGGCAUUUAGAGGCGAACGUGCAUAAAAAUGGCAGAAUACAAAUAUGAUGUCAUUGUUUUAAGACUAUCCACUGAGUUUUUAAACUACGGCGCGCGAUAUGGUUCAAUGUGCCAAUAAUGUGCCAAUUACCUCCCUUAUUGCUGAUACAGCAUAUAAGGAAAUCCAUAUUCCAUGUUAUUUUUAUGGUUGAGCUUCUCCCCGGAGACAUGAAUACACUGCCCAGACUGUACACCAUUACUUAUGCAUGUACAUAUUAAUGAGCCAUCACACUGGUGUGGUUGAUGUUAAUAAUUCAUUAGCCAUGUCUGUUCGGUUACAAUGUGGAUUCAUCCAGUGUGUCACACUGGAGCUGGGAUGUUAUGUCUGUGUGUGUCACAAUAUGUCGUGUGCCCCAUCCCCCCCCCCCCCCCCCCCCCCCCCCCAGGCUAAGGAAAGUGUGGCAGAAGAGAAAGUGUUCAGUAAAGAACGGAUACCUUACCAUAUCACAUGGGACGGUGAGUAAUGUGCACACACACACACACACACACGGACACGGACACGGACACAUACGCACAGAGGGCAAGACAACCUAGUCCUAGCCAGUUAGCAUUAAUUUAAAGUAGGCUAACGGCACUAGCCUGUUAGCCUACACUUCACCCGCCUGCUCUCUUAAUGGAGAUGAAGCACUCAAUCUCACUCAUUCUGUCAAACCAGACUGUUCACUGGUUAUCAAACAUCUCAGGCAUCAGACAUGCCCAACAUGGAGCACUUUGGGUUAAUUUAGCUAAAAUGGUGGUGGCUUUAGUAUUAGAAUCACUCUAACACCUCAAAGAGUGUCAUACACUACAUGUCCAAAAGUAUGUGGACACCUGCUCGUCGAACAUCUCAUUCCAAGAUCAUGGGCAUUAUUAUGGAGUUGGUCCCCCCUUUGCUGCUAUAACAGCCUCCACUCUUCUGGGAAGGCUUUCCACUAGAUGUUGGAACAUUGCUGCGGGGACUUGCUUCCAUUCAGGCAUAAGUGCAUUAAAGAGGUCGGACACUGAUGUUGGGCGAUAGGGCCUGGCUCGCAGUCGGCGUUACAAUUCAUCCCAAAGGUGUUCGAUGGGGUUGAGGUCAGGGCUCUGUGCAGGCCAGUCAAGUUCUUCCACACCGAUCUCAACAAACCAUUUCUGUAUGGACCUCGCUUUGUGCAAGGGGGCAUUGUCAUGCUGAAACAGGAAAGGGCCUUCCCCAAACUGUUGCCACAAAGUUGGAAGCACAGAAUCAUCUAGAAUGUCAUUGUAGGCUGUAGCGUUAAGAUUUCUCUUCACUGGAACUAAGGGGCCUAGCCUGAACCCUGAAAAAUAGCCCCAGACCAUUAUUCCUCCUCCACCAAACUUUACAUUUGGCACUAUGCAUUAGGGCAGGUAGCGUUUUCCUGGUGUCUGCCAAACCCAGAUUAGUCCGUCGGACUGCCAGAUGGUGAAGCAUGAUUCAUCACUCCAGAGAAUGCGUUUCCACUGCUCCAGAGUCCAAUGAAGGCAAGCUUUACACCACUCUAGCCGACACUUGGCAUUGCGCAUGGUGUUCUUAGGCUUGUGUGCGGCUGCUCGGCCAUGGAAACCCAUUUCAUGAAGCUCCCGACGAACAGUUAUUGUGCUGGUGUUGCUUCCAGAGGCAGUUUGGAACUCUGUAGUGAGUGUUGCAACCGAGGACAGACAAAUUUUACGCGCUUCAGCACUCGGCGGUCCCGUUCUGUGAGCUUGUGUGACCUGGCACUUCUCACCUAGACAUUUCCACUUCACAAUAACAGCACUUACAGGGCAGAAAUUUGACGAACUGACUUGUUGGAAAGGUGGCAUCUUAUGACAGUGCCACGUUGAAAGUCACUGAGCUUUUCAGUAAGGCCAUUCUACUGCCAAUGUUUGUCUGUGGAGAUUGCAUGGCUGUGUGCUCGAUUUUAUACACCUGUCAGCAACGGGUGUGGCUGAAAUAUCUGAAUCCACUCAUUUGAAGGGGUGUCCGCAUAAUUUUGUAAACAAGCACCAGGGUCUCACCGGUCUAUUGAUUUCCUCUACUCUGCUCCACUUCCCUCCAUUACACUAGAUUUACUCUCUCGCUCUCUCUCUCUCUCACUUCAUUGCCGUCUUACGCCAUCUUCCUCUCUCCCUCUCUCUCUCUCUCUCUCUCUCUCUCCCUCUCUCUCCCUCUCUCUCUCAUAUCGCCGUCUCACUCCAUCUUCCUCUCUCUUGCUUUCUCUCUUGCUCUCACUUCAUCGCCGUCUCGCUCCAUCUUCCUCUCUUUGUUUUAUCUUCCUCUCUCUCUCUCUCUCUCUCUCUCACUCUCUCUCGCUCCCCCUAUUUCAAAAGGCACACAUACACAAACACACCACACUUUCUCCCUCUCUCUCUCUACCUCUUUCUCUUCCUCCAUCCAACCCAUUUUGACAUUUACAUUUUAGUCAUUUAGCAGAUACUUUUAUCCAAAGCGACUUACAUUAGUGAGUGCAUAUAUUUUCAUACUUCUUUUCGUACUGGUCCCCCAUGGGUAUCAAACCCACAGCCCUUCUCUCCAUGGCCAGCCAGCUGUGUGUAGAGGUUGAGGGAGGGAAAGCAAUCAGGGCUGGUUUUGAAGCACCCUGAGCACAAACCGUGGCCUGGUUUCAUCCACCACUGCAGAGCAGAACACCACAGUAAAGGAGCUAGUCCUCAGCAGACAGGCCCAUGCUAACAGACCUUAACACAGGGGGGGAAAUAGUCCUUAUGAAAACUGCGUAAGAGAGCCUCUAUGUUAUGUUCUAAUAACUAAGGGGGAAGAGCAAGAUAGUGUUAUGUUGUAAUAACUAAGGGGGGAGGUAGUGUUAUGUUUUAAUAACUAAGGGGGGAGAUAGUGUUAUGUUGUAAUAACUAAGGGGGGAGGGCAAUAUGGUGUUAUGUUGUAAUAACUAAGGGGGGAGGGCAAUGUGGUGUUAUGUUGUAAUAACUAAGGGGGGAGGUAGUGUUAUGUUGUAAUAACUAAGGGGGGAGAUAGUGUUAUGUUGUAAUAACUAAGGGGGGAGGGCAAUGUGGUGUUAUGUUGUAAUAACUAAGGGGGGAGGUAGUGUUAUGUUGUAAUAACUAAGGGGGGAGGGCAAUGUGGUGUUAUGUUGUAAUAACUAAGGGGGGAGGGCAAUGUGGUGUUAUGUUGUAAUAACUAAGGGGGGAGGUAGUGUUAUGUUGUAAUAACUAAGGGGGGAGGUAGUGUUAUGUUGUAAUAACUAAGGGGGGAGGUAGUGUUAUGUUGUAAUAACUAAGGGGGAGGUAGUGUUAUGUUGUAAUAACUAAGGGGGAGGGCAAUGUGGUGUUAUGUUGUAAUAACUAAGGGGGGAGGUAGUGUUAUGUUGUAAUAACUAAGGGGGGAGGGCAAUGUGGUGUUAUGUUGUAAUAACUAAGGGGGGAGGGCAAUGUGGUGUUAUGUUGUAAUAACUAAGGGGGGAGGUAGUGUUAUGUUGUAAUAACUAAGGGGGGAGGUAGUGUUUAUGUUGUAAUAAACUAAGGGGGAGGUAGUGUUAUGUUGUAAUAACUAAGGGGGGAGGUAGUGUUAGUUGUUGUAAUAACUAAGGGGGAGGUAGUGUUAUGUUGUAAUAACUAAGGGGGGAGGUAGUUGUUAUGGUUUGUAAUAACUAAGGGGGAGGUAGUGUUAUGUUGUAUAACUAAGGGGGGAGGUAGUUGUUAUGUUGUAAUAACUAAGGGGGGAGGUAGUGUUAUGUUGUAUAACUAAGGGGGGAGGGCAUAUGUGUUAUGUUGUAAUAACUAAGGGGGGAGGGCAUGUGAUGUUGUAUAUAAGGGAGUAGUGUUUGUAAUAACUAAGGGGGGAGGUUGGUGUUAUGUUGUAAUAACUAAGGGGGAGGUGGUGUUAUGUUGUAAUAACUAAGGGGGGAGGUAGUGUUAUGUUGUAAUAACUAAGGGGGGAGGGCAAUAUGGUGUUAUGUUGUAAUAACUAAGGGGGGUAGUGUAUGUGUAAUACUAAGGUGGGGUAGUGUUAUGUUGUAAUAACUAAGGGGGGAGGAUAGUGUUAUGUUGUAAUAACUAAGGGGGGAGGUAGUGUUAUAGGUAUGUAAUAACUAAGGGGGGAGGAUAGUGUUAUGUUGUAAUAACUAAGGGGGGAGGAAUGGUGUUAUGUUGUAAUAACUAAGGGGGGAGGAAGUAUGGUGUUAUGUUGUAAUAACUAAGGGGGGAGGUAGUGGUUAUGUUGUAAUAACUAAGGGGGGGAGGUAGUGUUUAUGUUGUAAUAACUAAGGGGGAGGAUAGUGUUAUGUUGUAAAACUAAGGGGGGAGGUAGUGUUAUGUUUGUAUAACUAAGGGGGGAGGGCAAUUGGUGUUAUGUUGUAAUAACUAAGGGGGAGGUAGUGUUAUGUUGUAAUAACUAAGGGGGGAGUGGUGUUAUGUUGUAUACUAAGGGGGAGGGUGUGUUAUGUUGUAAUAACUAAGGGGGGAGGUAGUGUUAUGUUGUAAUAACUAAGGGGGGAGAUAGUGUUAUGUUGUAAUAACUAAGGGGGAGGGCAAUUGGUGUUAUGUUGUAAUAACUAAGGGGGGAGUGGUUAGUUUUAUGGUUUGUAAUAACUAAGGGGGGGGGUGGGGGCAAGUGGUGUUUAUGUUGUAAUAACUAAGGGGGGUAGUGUAACUGGGUGGUGUUAUGUUGUAAUAACUAAGGGGGGAGUAGUGUUAUGUUGUAAUAACUAAGGGGGGAGGCAAUAUGUGUUAUGUUGUAAUAACUAAGGGGGGAGGUAGUGUUAUGUUUGUAAUAACUAAGGGGGGAGUAGUGUUAUGUUGUAUAACUAAGGGGGAGAUAGUGUUAUGUUGUAAUAACUAAGGGGGGAGGGCAAUAUGGUGUGUAUGUUUGUAAUAACUAAGGGGGGAGUGUAGUGUUAUGUUUUAAUAACUAAGGGGGAGUAGUGUUAUGUUGUAAUAACUAAGGGGGGAGGAUAGGUGUUAUGUUGUAAUAACUAAGGGGGAGGUAGUGUUAUGUUGUAAUAACUAGGGGGGAGGUAGUGUUAUGUUGUAUACUAAGGGGGAGGUAGUGUUAUGUUGUAAUAACUAAGGGGAGGUAGUGUUAUGUUGCGAUAACUAAGGGGGGAGGUAGUGUUAUGUUGUAAUAACUAAGGGGGGAGGUAGUGUUAUGUUGUGAUAACUAAGGGUGAGGUAGUGUUAUGUUGUGAUAACUAAGGGGGGAGGUAGUGUUUGUAAUCAGGUUGUUGUGAUAACUAAGGGGGAGGUAGUGUUAUGUUGUAAUAACUAAGGGGGGAGGUAGUGUUAUGUUGCGAUAACUAAGGGGGGAGGUAGUGUUAUGUUGUAAUAACUAAGGGGGGAGGUAGAGUUAUGUUGUAAUAACUAAGGGGGUGAGGUAGUGUUAAGGGGGAAUGGGGAUGUCGCUGUGCUGAUUGGGUAAAUUGACACUGGGUGAAGCUUUGUUACAUUGCUAGUCCUAACAGGUAUCUCUGCUGUGGUACGGCAGCCGGGUUUAGUUUAAUUCAUGCUUUGUGUUUGCUGAUUCUGAUGUUCUUCUUUCCUGCCUCUACCCCCCCCCCCCCCCCCCCCCCCUCCCACCCCUCCUCUUCAGGCGAACCGACCGCCAGCCAAACUCAACCUCCUCACCUGCCAGGUGAAACACAACCCAGAGGAGAAGAAGAGCUUUGACCUCAUCUCACGUAGGUUUACUCUGCCUUUUACCCCCUCUUCUUUUCUCUUCUCCCCCUCCCUCUGUGUCUAAUAGAAAUUCCUCUACAAGUGGACCUUGCUGUGUUCUCAGAGGGUCUGCCAUGCACACUGCAGUACCUCAACUUGUGUUCUCAGAGGGCCUGCCAUGCACACUGCAGUACCUCAACUUGUGUUCUCAGAGGGUCUGCCAUGCACACUGCAGUACCUCAACUUGUGUUCUCAGAGGGCCUGCCCUGCACGCUGCGGUACCCCACCUUGUGGUGUUCUCAGAGGGCCUGCACGCUGCGGUACCUCACCUUGUGGUGUUCUCAGAGGGCCUGCACGCUGCGGUACCUCACCUUGUGGUGUUCUUAGAGGGCCUGCACGCUGCGGUACCUCACCUUGUUGUGUUCUCAGAGGGCCUGCACGCUGCGGUACCUCACCUUGUGGUGUUCUCAGAGGGCCUGCACGCUGCGGUACCUCACCUUGUUGUGUUCUCAGAGGGCCUGCCCUGCACGCUGCGGUACCUCACCUUGUUGUGUUCUUAGAGGGCCUGCACGCUGCGGUACAUUACCUUGUUGUGUUCUUAGAGGGCCUGCACGCUGCGGUACCUCACCUUGUUGUGUUCUUAGAGGGCCUGCACGCUGCGGUACCUCACCUUGUUGUGUUCUCAGAGGGCCUGCACGCUGCGGUACCUCACCUUGUUGUGUUCUUAGAGGGCCUGCACGCUGCGGUACAUUACCUUGUUGUGUUCUUAGAGGGCCUGCACGCUGCGGUACAUUACCUUGUUGUGUUCUUAGAGGGCCUGCACGCUGCGGUACCUCACCUUGUGGUGUUCUUAGAGGGCCUGCACGCUGCGGUACCUCACCUUGUUGUGUUCUCAGAGGGCCUGCACGCUGCGGUACCUCACCUUGUGGUGUUCUCAGAGGGCCUGCACGCUGCGGUACCUCACCUUGUUGUGUUCUCAGAGGGCCUGCCCUGCACGCUGCGGUACCUCACCUUGUUGUGUUCUUAGAGGGCCUGCACGCUGCGGUACCUCACCUUGUUGUGUUCUCAGAGGGCCUGCACGCUGCGGUACCUUACCUUGUUGUGUUCUCAGAGGGCCUGCACGCUGCGGUACAUUACCUUGUUGUGUUCUUAGAGGGCCUGCACGCUGCGGUACAUUACCUUGUUGUGUUCUUAGAGGGCCUGCACGCUGCGGUACAUUACCUUGUUGUGUUCUCAGAGGGCCUGCACGCUGCGGUACCUCACCUUGUUGUGUUCUUAGAGGGCCUGCACGCUGCGGUACCUCACCUUGUGGUGUUCUCAGAGGGCCUGCACGCUGCGGUACCUCACCUUGUUGUGUUCUCAGAGGGCCUGCCCUGCACGCUGCGGUACCUCACCUUGUUGUGUUCUUAGAGGGCCUGCACGCUGCGGUACAUUACCUUGUUGUGUUCUUAGAGGGCCUGCACGCUGCGGUACCUCACCUUGUUGUGUUCUUAGAGGGCCUGCACGCUGCGGUACAUUACCUUGUUGUGUUCUUAGAGGGCCUGCACGCUGCGGUACCUCACCUUGUGGUGUUCUCAGAGGGCCUGCACGCUGCGGUACCUCACCUUGUUGUGUUCUUAGAGGGCCUGCACGCUGCGGUACCUCACCUUGUGGUGUUCUCAGAGGGCCUGCACGCUGCAGUACCUCACCUGUAAAUCUGAUAAAGGAAAUGCAGAACAAGGAGGGAUGCUGUGUUGGAAAGAAUGACAGCGCUCGUUAUUGAGUAGAGAGAAAACUACUGCAGAGAAACAAGGGCAGGGAGGAGACUCACAGAAAAAGGCUAAGUGGUCCAUAGGGCUCUAUAUGGAAAGGAGUUGUGAAUAGUUGAAUCGCUGUAUGAGUUAUAUUCAGGGAAGAAUCAAUACUUUGUGCCUCUCUGAAUCUGCAGCCUAAUAAGAAUUUCAUCCUCGUUCAUUUGUUCAUUGUAUCCUCACGUAAUCUCAUGUAACCACGUAAUCUCAUGUGACUAUGGGGCGGCAGGUAGCUUAGUGGUUAAGAGCGUUGUGCCAGUAACUGAAAGGUCGCUGGUUCUAAUCCCAGAGCCGACUAGGUGAAAAAUCUGUCGAUGUACCCUUGAGCAAGGCACUUAACCCUAAUUGCUCAUGUAAGUCGCUCUGGAUAAGAGCGUCUGCUAAAUGACUAAAAUGUAAAUGUAAAUGUAACCAAGGGAGAUGGAGCUAAAGUAGUGUAGAGAGAGAGAGAAGUCAGGUUGGAGAAGAAUUGGAGAGUACACAAUAGGACUUUCACAAGUUUUAUUAUUUCUGUGUGCAGUGCAUUACAAUGGGACGUUUGGUAAACUAACCUCUGUCUUGCAUAGAUUCCACAUGACUUCCAAUCCCAAACUCUGUGUCCUCGUAAAUUGUCCUAUUGGUUGCUGUGUUACUUCUAGGUCUUUUACUGGACAGUACUGUAUGUAGUUGACAGCCAUGAAAGAGUUUCUUGUUUCUUAUUUAGCCCUGGUACACACACAGGCUUGUCAGCAGGGUGCUAUGAUGGGCUCUUAAGGGAAUUGCUCUGUGUUCUUACCUUUUCUUGUUUCACUAUGUCUCUGACCCAGCCACCACUAUCUCUCUCUCUCUCUCUCUCUCUCUCUCUCUCUCUCUCUCUCUCUCUCUCUCUCUCUCUCUCUCUCUCUCUCUCUCUCUCUCUCUCUCUCUCUCUCUCUCUCUCUCUCUCUCUCUCUCUCUCUCUCUCUCUCUUUCUUUCUCUUUCUUUCUUUCUCUUUCUUAGAUGACAGAACAUAUCACUUUCAGACCGAGGAUGACCCAGAAUGUCAGAUGUAAGUGUGUGUUCCUUCCUUUUGUGAAGUGUGUGUCCUGUUAUCCCUGAUGCAAUUUUCCACACAGGUUUCCAUCUUGUCAGACCCUGUCCUCACUCCAUCUUUCAAAACACAGGUUUCCAUCUUGUCGGACCCUGUCCUCACCCCAUCUCUCCAAACACAGGUUUCCAUCUUGUCGGUCGUGUGGGGUGGGGGGGGAUGCACGUGUGUGUCCUGUUUGUCCCCAUACCUCUUCUCACACAGUUAACCCACCCUCUCACCCUAUGUUGACCCUGUCCUCACCCCAUCUUUACACACACACUCUCACAAACACUCUCUCACACUCACACACUCACGCACUCCCCCUCCACCUGUGUGGUGUGUGUUUUCAGCUGGAUCUCUGUGCUGCAGAACAGUAAGGAGGAAGCGUUGAAUAAUGCCUUUAAGGGAGACCAGCACGUUGGGGAGAACAACAUCGUCCAGGAGCUGACCAAGGCCAUCCUGGGUGAGGUUAAGAGGAUGACCGGCAACGACGUCUGCUGCGACUGCAGAGCGCCCAGUGAGUGACCGGGAGUAACACACGUUAAUACAUGCACACACAUACACACAUAUACACACACAUGCAUGUGCAUUGGACAUUGGAUAUACACACACACACUCACAAACUCAAAUAGUUUUAGUGCACAAUACCACCUGUGUUUAAUUCAUCAUACAUGUUGUGCAUUUAUAAAGGCUGUAAUAAGGAGCCAUGAGCUAUUAUAAAUAGUUAUAGCAAGUGUUAUUUAAAGUGCUAGAGGUGACUUUAAUUAAAUAAUUAAUUAUACAGGUUAUUCACAGACACUGUUACCAAAGUAUUCAGGUCAAGUGUAUUGAACAACACCAUGCAGUCACUUUACACUGACAUUGUAGGGAAUGAGGAAUGCCCAUGAGCCAGUUAUUUAAGGUUGACUGCAGCCAGUCGUUAACCUGUAUCAAAAAUAGCUCUCCCCUCAGAGCACAUGAAGGUAGUUCCUACCAGGGACAAUGUGACCUACUUACCUGUUACCUCUCUCUCUCUCUCUUCCUCUCCAUCUCCCUCCCCCGCUCUGACUCUCUCUCCCUCUCCGUCCCUCUCCCCCUCUCCGUCCCUCUCCCCCUCUCUCUCUCGCUCUCUCUCUCCUUGUCUCACUCCCCCUUCCUCCCAGAUCCCACGUGGCUCUCCACUAACCUGGGCAUCCUGACGUGUAUAGAGUGUUCUGGGAUCCACAGGGAGCUGGGAGUCCACUACUCCAGGAUCCAGUCCCUCACACUGGACGUCCUCAGCACCUCCGAACUCUUGGUAAGAAGAAUUAACAGUUAUAGCAUGAUAGCAUCACCAUUUUCACAUUUUCAAGUCUCGUAGUGCUUUGCUCUGCAUUGUCUGGUGGUAACUCAUGCUAUUCCACCGCUAAUGGCUAGUAGCACCCAUCUGGCUGAUGCACUGCAGCCAUUUUGAGCCAGAUCCCUCUCCACAAAUCAGCUAUUUGUCCAGUUUCACAUUAUGGCAAUGAAGUGCUGUGACACUGGGAGGUUAGGUCCAGUCGUGUUGGAAAGUUCAAAUCAUUUACACACAGUUGACUCAUAAAGUGCUACCAAAACACAUCCGCUUAGGUUAGUUAGCAAAACCUCCUAUUGGAAAACAACAGCUAGCCCAGCACACAUUAGCUAAUGUGAAAGUUCUCUCACAGUGCAGCUGAUUUACUGCUGGUAGGAGAGCACGAAGGAUAUCAACACCCUUGGCCUGAUUCUACUGAACUCUCCUUCCUCUGCUGCGCUCCACUGGGAUAGAUAGACCUUACAGGAGUCUUGAAGCUGCUUCCACUUUGCAUAUUUCACAUUUUAUCUGGCUUUCUAAUAUCAAUUUGGUGCAAUUUAUUGCCAAUGAAUCAUUUGGGGCUAAAAUGUUUUUGUCGCUAAUUCAAGAUGAUUGCCCUCGGUAAGACGCCAGUGUUUCACAUUAUUGGGCCACAAGGAGAUGGGUGGAACGCAUGCAGUGUUUCCCCUCAUACACACACACGCUUGCACACGCACACACACGCACUCCAUUGAUUUAAGCAUUUGUUGAAGCGGCAGAGCAGAAGAAAUGGAGCUUGGGAUAAAUAUAUACAGUAAGAACUGUAUAACCCUCCAAUAGGAGGCUAAUUUGCACUUUUAUGACCUCUGUCGCUCUGGUAAGCUCUAAACUGUGUGUGUGUGUGUUUGUGUGUGUGUGUGUUUUACCAUGCAGCUGGCCAAGAACGUGGGGAAUGCAGGCUUUAAUGAGAUCAUGGAGGCUUGUCUAUCUGCGGAGGACGUGGUCAAACCCAACCCUGCCAGUGACAUGUAAGUUCCCUCUCUCUGUUUUUCUCCAUCCCUCUAGUUCUCAACGUUUUUUCUCUGGCUCUUUCCUCACACACAUACACUCUAUCCUCUCCUUCUCUCAUCAGUCUUUUUCUGUCUGUAUCCCUCUCUUCCUCUUUCUCCCUCUCUCUCUCUCCAUCUCACCUUCCCAAUCCCACCACCUCUCCAUCUUUCUCUGUAAUCCCUCUUCUGGCUGGUGAGAGGUUUGAGCCCCCAGCCCACUCCUUAGGAUGCCAUUACAAUAGCCCUCCCAAUAGCCCUCCCAGACCCUCCCAGUGAAAGUGACUGUAGGAGCAGACUUGACCUUACAGUGACCUAUUGGAAACAUGUCACCACAGAGACACUCAUAACCAUUUAUUAUGGAUGGAGCAAUCAGGAAGGGAUCCCUAACUGAAAACAUUUUCAUUCAAUAAGCCUUAGAAAAUAUGCAUUCUGUUGUUGUGUACACAGCUUAGUGUAUGUACAACUCAAGUAAAAUUGAGCGCCCACAUAAGAAACGUAAUUUAUCCCUCUUUAGAUUAAUUAAGUUCUAACACUCAAAUGUGUACACUUAGUAUAAUGUCUUUCUCCCUCUGGUACAGGCAAGUCCGUAAGGACUUCAUCACAGCCAAGUACACAGAGAAGCGUUUCGCCAGAAGGAAGUGUCCAGACGGGGCAUCCAAGCUGCACACGCUCUGUGACGCAGUCAAAGCCCGGGACAUCUUCUCUCUGAUCCAGGUGUAUGCUGAGGGAGUGGACCUGAUGGAGCCCAUCCCCCUGGCCAACGGACACGUGAGUCUACAUGUCCUUCAUAACACACCAAUACCCCUGUCACACUAGCGUGCUGGCGCGGAUGUUUUCUUUUCGGACAUUGUCCUUUCCAGGCCAUCACAGUAUGUCUCGGCUCGGCAGUGUGACUCAAUCCCAACUGUAAACCAACCAAUUGUUUUGCUUGGAUAGGGAGGGGUGGUUUUGUGCAUUAACAUUUUAUCUGUCCAGGUGCUCUCAACUAUCACAGCUGUAGUGGAAUUCAAAUGGCGGUAUUUUGGUUAGUUCUCUUCUAUGGGCUGUGAAAAACGACUUCUCCUGGCAGUGUAAAUGCGUUGUAUAAUAGAUUAAUGAUCACUCAGUACAAACAUCUGGCUCACAUUCAGGGUUACUACUGCUACUACUGCCAAUAGCAAAGCAGACUAUCAAAAGUAUAUGUGCACAUUUUGAUCAAAGUCCCAGUGGUUCUGUGAUGUGUCAGCUCCUCCAUUUUGGCUCUGGUGCCUGUUGUGUCCCUGAGGUCUCAACACGGCCAUUUUGGAUCUUGUGUGUGUGGUUGCAGGAACAAGGUGAAACGGCCCUUCACCUAGCGGUCAGACUAGUGGACAGGACCUCGCUCCAUAUCGUCGACUUCCUCACUCAAAACAGGUAAGGGAAUAAAAGGAAACGUCAAUGAGCGAUUUGUAGAAACAUGACUUGUCAUUUGGCCAUACAUAACCAUGUCAUGACAAGUAUGAGAUUCAUAACAGCUAAUGUUAGCUUAUUUUAUUCACUUUUAUUAAUUCAGGGGAGCCCAAUUGAGACCAGAGUCUCGUUUUCAAUGAUGCCCUGAGGACAUAAAAUAUAAAAUAGAUAGAAUAACAAGUACAUUACAUUAGAAAAUCACAAACAUCACAGCCAUCAUAAACACGUUUUUUAAUUCAUUCAUUUAAAGCUAUUGUACACCUCGGUGAACUCCUUUGUCAUCAGGGUUUUAAACUGCCCUAGUGGCACCAGGGAAUCCAAAUGUAAGGAAUCCUGAGUGAAUCGUGAAUAAUGAUGUGUGAGAAAGUUACAGACGCACAAAUAUUAUACCCCCAAGACAUGCUAACCUCUCACCAUUAUAAUAACAGGGGAGGUUAGCAUUUUUGGGGGGGUAUGAUAUUUGUGCGUCUAACUUUCUCACUCAUCAUUAUUCACGAUUUGUUUAGGACUGUCCGUAAUCAUGGUAGCAUCCACAUGAAUGUAGAAGUGUUUAGAAAGUUUUAAGUUGCUCUUUACGAAUAUGGCCAACUCUGUCAGAUCUAUAUACAUUAUAACCUGCCAGAGACGUAUCAGAAUUUGGCGUAGACUUCUGUAAACAUGAUUCAGUAAUAACCAGAAUGUCCAUGUUGGUUUGAGAAGCCAGAGUUACAAUAAAAUCCAUUUUCGAAAUCAAAAUUCUGGCAUUUAUAUGAAUCCGUCCAAGGCCUCAGCUGCAGUAUUUCAGAUCAGAUGGCGUGUCCAAAAUAACCAUGCUAUGUUCAUUAGCUAAUCCUCUGUUUAAAGAUAGGGUUGACUUGAAUUGGUAUAGACACAAGAUUUCCCAGGACUGUAGCAUUUAGGCCUAUGCCUCGAACGAGGACGUGACUUAAAACAUGAGUCAAUGAGGGUUACCUGGUGCGGGCCAGGACUGAAAUCCCAUCACUUUUGUUUAGUGCAUGUGCAAUGUUAGAACUCAGCAUUCUAGCUCCUCUUCUGUUCAGCUGCUAGCCCUUUUUAAGAACUGAGGUCGCUCCCAAAACUAAUCGAAGUUGUCGAUAAAAUCCAAUGCCUUUUCAGGGUAGAGUUUCGAUUUCAUCCAAGAGUCCAGUGCAAAUAGCUGGGAGAAGUGAUCAAAUCCACGACCGUAUAUUGGGAUAGGGCCAGAAAGGACAAUCUGCUUGCCAGUAGCCAUUAGCCUUGCCCUCAGGUAUUCGAAGUCCCGUCUCAACUCCCCUGAUAAUUGACACAAAACUAAAACAAUGAAUUAAGCCCUUUCUACUGGUUACUUCUCACUGGUUGCCUCCUCCGUCUCCUCUCCCCAUAGUGUGAACCUGGACAAGCAGACAGCCAAAGGCAGUACGGCCCUACACUACUGCUGCCUGACUGACAACAUGGAGUGUCUCAAACUGCUACUGCGGGGCAAGGCCUCCAUUGACAUAGGUAAGAGACCAUCACAUCAGUCCUCUUUUGAGAAAGACUGGUUUGGAAACAGCAUUGACACAAAAUGUUAGUGAAGACUCAUUUUGUUAGUGAGUCUCCUGCAGUGUUCAAAUGUAAUUUGUUUUUUGUUGUACUUAAAAUGAUCAAUUAUUUAAUCGUACAUUUUUGAAAACAGAUCGUUAUUUGCAGCCUGCCGUGCCUUUACUUUAGCUAAAUACUGUAGCUAACGUUAGCUACAGUUGAAGUCGGAAGUUUACAUACAUCUUAGCCAAAUACAUUUAAACUCAAUUUUUCACAAUUCCUGACAUUUAAUCCUAGUAAAAUUCCCUGUCUUAGGUCAGUUAGGAUCACCACUUUAUUUUAAGAAUGUGAAAUGUCAGAAUAAUAGUAGAGAGAAUGAUUUAUUUCAGCUUUUAUUUAUUUCAUCACAUUCCCAGUGGGUAAGAAGUUUACAUACACUCAAUUAGUAUUUGGUAGCAUUGCCUUUAAAUUGUUUAACUUGGGUCAAACAUUUUGGGUAGCCUUCCAAAAGCUUCCCACAAUAAAUUGGGUGAAUUUUGACCCAUUCCUCUUGACAGAGCUGGUGUAACUGAGUCAGUUUUGUAGGUCUCCUUGCUCGCACACGCUCUUUCAGUUCUGCCCACAAAUGUUCUAUAGGAUUGAGGUCAGGGCUUUGUGAUGGCCACUCCAAUACCUUGACUUUGUUGUCCUUAAGCCAUUUUGCCACAACUUUGGAAGUAUGCUUGGGGUCAUUGUCCAUUUGGAAGAUCCAUUGUGACCUGUACACUCUUGUUGGCUGGCCCUCACUACAUAUUUGUCGCCAAACCCACUGGCUCCAGGUCAUCUAUAAAUCACUGCUAGGCAAAUCCCCCUUAGCUCACUGGUCACCAUAGCAACACCCACCCGUAGUCUGCGCUCCAGCAGGUAUAUCUCACUGGUCAUCCCCAAAGCCAACACCUCCUUUGGCCGCCAUUCCUUCCAGUUCUCUGCUGCCAAUGACUGGAAUGAACUGCAAAAAUCUCUGAAGCUGGAGACUCUUAUCUCCCUCACUAAAUUUAAGUGUCAGUUGUCAGAGCAGCUUACCGAUCACUGCACCUGUACACAGCCAUUCUGAAAUUAGCCCACCCAACUACCUCAUCCCCAUAUUGUUAUUUAUUUUGCUAAUUUGCACCCCAGUAUCUCUAUUUGCACAUCAUCUUUUGCACAUCAAUCAUUCCAGUGUUAAUACGAAAUUAUAACUAUUUUGCACUAUGGCCUAUUUAUUGCCUUACCUCCAUAACUUACUACAUUCGCACACACUGUAUAUAUAUUUUCUGUUUGUAUUUUUGACUUUAUGUUUUGUUUACCCCAUAUGUAACUCUGUGUUGUUGUUUUUAUCGCACUGCUUUGCUUUAUCUUGGCCAGGUUGCAGUUGUAAAUGAGAACUUGUUCUCAACUGGCUUACCUGGUUAAAUAAAGGUGAAAUAAAAUUUUAAAAAUAAAAUAAAAAGCUUUAACUUCCUGAUUGAUGUCUUGAGAUGUUGCUUCAAUAUAUCCACAUAAUUUUCCUUCCUCAUGCCAUCUAUUUUGUGAAGUGCACCAGUGCCUCCUGCAGCAAAGCACCCCUACAGCAUGAUGUUGCCACCCCGUGCUUCACGGUUGGGAUGGUGUUCUUCGGCUUGCAAGCGCCCCCCUUUUUCCUCCAAUCAUAACGAUGGUCAUUAUGGCCAAACAGUUCUAUUUUUGUUUCAUCAGACCAGAGGACAUUUUUCCAAUAAAAGUACGAUCUUUGUCCCCAUGUGUAGUUGCAAACCGUAGUCUGGCUUUUUUAUGGCGGUUUUGGAGCAGUGGCUUCUUCCUUGCUGAGCGGCCUUUCAGGAUAUGUCGAUAUAGGACUUGUUUUACUGUGGAUAUAGAUACUUUUGUACCUGUUUCCUCCAGCAUCUUCACAAGGUCCUUUGCUGUUGUUCUGGGAUUGAUUUGCACAUUUCGCACCAAAGUACGUUCAUUUCUAGGAGACAGAACGCGUCUCCUUCCUGAGCGGUAUGACGGCUGCGUGGUCCCAUGGUGUUUAUACUUGCGUACUAUUGUUUGUACAGAUGAACGUGGUACCUUCAGGCGUUUGGAAAUUGCUCCCAAGGAUGAACCAGACGUGUGGAGGUCUACAAUUAUUUUCUGAGUUCUUGGCUGAUUUCUUUUGAUUUUCCCAUGAUGUCAAGCAAAGAGGCACUGAGUUUGAAGGUAGGCCUUGAAAUACAUCCACAGGUACACCUCCAAUUGACUCAAAUGAUGUCAAUUAGCCUAUCAGAAGCUUCUAAAGCCAUGACAUAAUUUUCUGGAAUUCUCCAAGCUGUUUAAAGGCACAGUCAACUUAGUGUAUGUAAACUUCUGACCCACCGGAAUUGUGAUAGUGAAUUAUAAGUGAAAUAAUCUGUCUGUAAACAAUUGUUGGAAAAAUUAUUUGUGUCAUGCACAAAGUAGAUGUCCUAACCAACUUGCCAAAACUAUAGUUUGUUAACAAGAAAUUUGUGGAGUGGUUGAAAAACAAGUUUUAAUGACUCCAACCUACGUGUAUGUAAACUUCCGACUUCAACUGUACGUGCUUUAGUAGGACUUGAAGUUAGCUGGAUAGCCGAUAAGCUUGCUUCUGUUGAGCGACAUCUUUGUAUUUAACCUAGCUAGCCAGUUAUAUAUGCGAAGCCGUAGCAAAGUAGUACGCUACGGCCGUGGCAUACUGCAUACUUUUUACUAAACACUACGUCAUAAAUCGUAUGCGAAAAUGAGUACAUACUAUGCGGUUUAAGUAUGUAGUACGCUAGUAUGGGUAUUCGGAAACGGCCAUGGUCUAAUAUACACAUGUAUACAGUGCCUUCAGAAAGUAUUCAUACCCCUUGACUUAUUCCACAUUUGUUGUGUUACAGCCUGAAUUCAAAUUUGAUUAAAUAGAUUUUUGUAUCUCCCAUAUACACACAAUACCCCAUAAUGACAGAGUGAAAACAUGUUUAAUUUUUUAUUGUUUUAUUUAUAGAAAAUGAAAUACAGAAAUAUCAAAUGUACAUAAGUAUUCACAACCCUGAGUCAAUACAUGUUAGAAUCAUCUUUGGCAGCGAUGACAGCUGUGAGUCUUUCUGGGUAAGUCUCUAAGAGCUUUGCACACCUGGAUUGUACAAUAUUUGCAAUAUCAAGCUCUGUCAAAUUGGUUGUUGAUCAUUGCUAGACAGCCAUUUUCAAGUCUUCCUAUAGAUUUUCAAGCCUAUUUAACUAAAAACUGUAACUAGGCCACUCGGGAUCAUUCAAUGCCGACUUGGUAAUCAACUCCAGUGUAUAUUUGGCCUUGUGUUUUAGGUCAAUGUCCUGCUGAAAGGUGAAUUUGUCUCCCAGUGUCUGUUGGAAAGCAGAUUGAAACAGGUUUUCCUUUAGGAUUUUGCCUGUGCUUAGCUCUAUUCUGUUUUUUUUUAUCCUCAAAAAAGUCCCUAGUCCUUGCCGAUGACAAGCAUACCCAUAACAUGAUGCAGCCACCACCAUGCUUGAAAAUAUGAAGUGAUACUCAGUGAUGUGUUGUGCUGUAUUUUCCCCAAACAUAACGCUUUGUAUUCUGGACAUAAAGUUCAUUUCUUUGCCACAUUUCUUUCAGUUUUACUUUAGUACAUUAUUGCAAACGGGAUGCAUGUUUUUGAAUAUUUUUAUUCUGUACAGGCUUUCUUCUCUUCACUCUGUCGUUUAGGUUAGUAUUGUGGAGUAACUACAAUGUUGUUGAUCCAUCCUCAGUUUUCUCCCAUCACAGCCACUAAACUCAGUAACUGUUUUAAAGGGACCUUCCAGAUUGUGGGGUACAGAGAUGAGGUAGUCAUUUUUACUCCUGAACUUAUUUAGGCUUGCCAUAACAAAGGGGUUGAAUACUUAUUGACUCAAGACAUUUUUAGCUUUUAAUUUAUAAUUAAUUUGUAAAGAAUUCUAAAAACAUAAUUCCACUUUGGCAUUAUGGGGUAUUGUGUGUAGGCCAGUGACACAACAUCUCAAUUUAAUCCAUUUUAAAUUCAGGCUGUAUGAUCAAUGAAUAGAUCAAAAUGAUGUCUUCCUCUAGCCACUGAGUCUGGGGAGACGCCGCUGGACAUCGCUAAGAGACUGAAGCACCUGCAGUGUGAGGAGCUGGUGAGUUCUGUGUGUGUGUGUGUGUGUGUAUAUACGUGUGUGUGUGAUUUCUUUAGCAAGAUAGACACUGACUCCUCCUAUCUUUUAGCUUUGUAUGAGCCAUUAAUGUGUGUGUGUGUGUGUGUGUUUGUGUUUGUUUGUGUGUGUGUGUGUGUGUGUAGCUGAACAUGGCGCUGGCGGGGAAGUUCAACGCCCAUGUGCACGUAGAGUACGAGUGGCGUCUGCACCAUGACGACAUGGACGAGAGUGAUGAGGACAUGGAUGAGAAGGUGAGGGUGAGGACCCUCUUCAGAUUAUUCACACCUUUACAUACACCCACCAUGAACUCACCACACACACACACACACACACACACACACACACACACACACAAGCACGUAGUACAUCCAGUACAGAGCAUUCAGAAAGUAUUCAGACCCCUUGACUUUUUCCACAUUUUGUUACAUUACAGCCUUAUUCUAAAAUGGAUUAAAUAAAAACUCCUCAUCAAUCUACACACAAUACCCCAUAAUGACAAAGCGAAAAAAGGCUUUUAGACAUUUUUGCUAAUAUAUAAAAUGUACAUAAGUAUUCAGACCCUUUGCUAUGAGACUCGAAAUUGAGUUCAGGUGCAUCCUGUUUCCAUUGAUCAUCCUUGAGAUGUUUCUGAAACUUCAUUGGAGUCCACCUGUGGUAAAUUCAAUUGAUUGGACAUGAUUUGAAAAGCCACCUGUCUAUAUAAGGUCCCACAGUUGUCAGAGCAAAAACCAAGCCAUGAGGUCGAAGGAGUUGUCCGUAGAGCUCAGAGACUUGUGGGACCUUAUAUAGACAGUUGAGGCACAGAUCUGGGGAAAGGUACCCAAAAAUGUCUGCAGCAUUGAAGGUCCCCAAGAACAUUCUUAAAUGGAAGAAGUUUGGAACCACCAAGACUCUUCCUAGAGCUGGCCGCCCGGCCAAACUGAGCAAUCGGGGGAGAAGGGCCUUGGUCAGGAAGGUGACCAAGAACCCGAUAGUCACUCUGAUAGAGCUCUAGAGUUCCUCUGUGGAGAUGGGAGAACCUUCCAGAAGGACAACCAUCUCUGCAGCACUCCACCAAUCAGGCCUUUAUGGUAGAGUGGCCAGACGGAAGCCACUCCUCAGUAAAAUGCACAUGACAGCCCGCUUGGAGUUUGCCAAAAGGCACCUAAAGACUCUCAGACCAUGAGAAACAAGAUUCUCUGGUCUGAUGAAACCAAGAUUGAACUCUUUAGCCUGAAUGCCAAGCGUCACGUCUGGAGGAAACCUGGCACCAUCCUUACGGUGAAGCAUGGUGGUGGUAGAAUCAUGCUAUGGGGAUGUUUUUCAGCGGCAGGGACUGGGAGACUAGUCAGGAUCGAGGCAAAGAUGAACGGAGCAGAGAGAUCCUUGAUGAAAACCUGCUCCAGAGUGCUCAGGACCUCAGACUGGGGCGAAGGUUCAACUUCCAACAGGACAACGACCCUAAGCACACAGCUAAGACAACGCAGGAGUUGCUUCGGGACAAGUCUCUGAAUGUCCUUGAGUGGCCCAGCCAGAGCCCGGACUUGAACCCUGUCUGUGCAGCAAUGCUCCCCAUCCAACCUGACAGAGCUUGAGAGGAUCUGCAGAGAAGAAUGGGAGAAACUCCCCAAAUACAGGUGUCCCAAGCUUAUAGCGUCAUACCCAAGAAUACUCUAGGCUGUAAUCGCUGCCAAAGGUGCUUCAAGAAAGUACUGAGUAAAGGGUCUGAAUACUUAUAUAAAUGUAAUAUUUCAUUUGUAUUUAUUUAUAUAAAUGUGGAAAAAAAAUUACAACUGUUUUUGCUUUGUCAUUAUGGGGUAUUGUUUGUAGAUUGAUGGGGGGAAAAAACAAUUUAAUCAAUUUUAGAGUAAGGCUGUAACCUAACAAAAUGUGGAAAAAGUCAAGGGGUCUGAAUGCUUUCUGAAAGCACUGUAUAUACACAUACAUAACACACACACAGACCAUGAUGACCUUUCUAUAACCUUUGACCCCUGACCUCUCAUUGCACCUUCAGCCCAGCCCCCACCGGAGAGAGGAGCGCCCUGUCAGCUGCUACACCCCUGGCUCCAACGCCCACUUCCAGCCCAGCCCGGCACGGGACAAGCAGCGUGGUGGGUACAUGCCCAACCUAGUCACCAACGAGACCUAUGGUGCCAUCCUCAACGCCAGCCCCCCUGCGCCAGGGGGGCCCGCCACCAUCUCUGCACCCCCUCUGCCCCCACGAAACAUAGGUACUUUAUUUUUCCUUUUUAAAAUGUUAUAGCAAGGUGGAUGCUGCAUACAGUUCAUAUCUUAUGGAUAGACUACGGAAAAAAAUUACACAAGAGUUCUGGAUUAACCAAGAUUAGCAUACAGUAGAUGUUUGUCUGUAUAAAGACAUAUUUCUUUGGCAAAACUUUCAGAAUUCUAUGAACCGGUUUAGUUUGUUCAGUGAAUCCGUGUAAAUGCUAUUUGAGCAAUUAUUUAGAUUCAAAAUGUUUAAAAAGUGCUCCUGAUUGAUGUUGAUAAACGUGAUCCAUAUCAAAUGACCCGUCAAGCCCUUUUCAACCCAUAUUCACCUCUCAUCCUCACCAUUUUUGGAGAAUUAUAUUUAUAAUACAUGCCCAAUGGGUUCAGUUCAAAUACAGGGAAACCUCAUUUGGCCACAUAUCUGUCAACUGCUGUAGAUGCCUUCUCUAAUUAAUGCAUUGCCCCAUGGUGACUUGUGUAGCGCUCUGACCCAUUUGAAGGGCAGAGAGGACUCUGGGUAGGGAGCAGGGACCAUCACCUUGGUGGCAGCUGGGUGAGCUAGUGAGCUACUUUUCGGGAAAGUUCUCAAAUAGCCCAUGAUGAGAGGCAUACUGAAAAUGUCCCAUCCAAUCACUGGAAAGCAAUUUGAACUCUAGUUCAUGCUCAUUGAAAACGCUAGAAAACAUUCCACCUUGCUAAACAAUUUGUUUAAAUUCAACUUACUUACUUUACAAUCAAAGCACAUGUCGUCUUUACUUACUUACUUAGGCCCAUUACCACAUGAGGAGCAUAGGCCCUCAGCAACUCCUCUCCAAUGAACUUGACUUUGGGCAGUCUUUUCAAUUUAAUUCCAGGACUAGCCAGUCUUUCUGUGUUCUGCUUCGGUGUCACGCCUCAAUCAAUCAAUCAAUGUAAUGUAUUCUAUGAAGCCCUUUUUACAUCAGCAGUUGUCACAAAAUGCUUUACAUACACUCAGUGGCCAGUUUAUUUGGUACCGGGUCAGACCCCCCUUUGCCUCCAGAACAGCCUGAAUUCUUCGGGGCAUGAAAACGUUGCUCAAUUUAUAUUAAGGGACCUAACGUGUGCCAGGAAAACAUUCCCCACACCAUUACACCACCACCACCAGCCUGUACUGUUGACACCAGGCAGGAUUGGGCCAUGGACUCAUGCUGCUUACGCCAAAUCCUGACUCUGGCAUCAACAUUACAUUUUAGUCAUUUAGCAGACGCUCUUAUCCAUAGCGACUUACAGUUAGUGAAUGCAUAAAUUUUUCAUACUGACCCCCCGUGGGAAUCGAACCCACAACCCUGGCGUUGCAAGCGCCAUGCUCUACCAACUGAGCUACAGGAGGUCUUGGAAAACGGGUUGUUGUCCUGUUGGACAACGGGACGCAACAGGAAACGGGAUUCGUCGGGCAAGGUGAUGUUUUUCCACUCCUAAACUGUCUACUGGAGCCGCUUCUCCUUGUUUUUAGGUGAUGGGAGUGGAACCCGGUGUGGUAAUCUGCUGCAAUAGCCCAUCCGUAACAAGGAACGACAAGUUGUGCGUUCCGUGAUGCUGCUCACACCACUGUUGUACUAUGCCGUUAUCUGCCUGUUUGUGGCCCGUCUGUUUUUGUUUGUCGCACCAUUCUCUGGAGACCCUAGACACUGUUGUACGUGAAACGCCCAGGAGGCCGGAAGUUUCUGAGAUACUGGAACCGACGCACCUGGUAUCGACGUUCAUACCACACUCAAAGUUGCUUAGGCCACUCGUUUUGCCCAUUCUAAUAUUCAAUCGAACAGUAGUUGAAUGCCUCAAUGCCUGUCUACCUGCUUUAUAUAGCAAGCCACGGCCACGUGACUCACUGUCUGUAGGAGCGAACCAUUUUGGUGAACGGGGUGGUUUACCUAAUAAACUGUCCACUGAGUGUAUACCCAGCCUAAAACCCAGAAGAGCAAGCAAUGCACGUCUUCAGGAACCAAAGCGUAGCUUUUCCCCUCCUCUCUCCUCCCUCCUCUCUCCUCUCUCCUCCCUCCUCCAGUCCAGAUGUCAGGUCUGUGUGGGAUGGUCCAGUCAUCAGGGUCCUCUGGGUGGAAGCCUGGCUCUAUAGACCUGGGGGGCCGACAGAGGUCCUCCUCAGACCCCCCCAACAUGCACCUCCCGGUACCCCCCAUGCGGUUCACCUCAACCACUGGUAGGUACCCCUCACCUCCAGGUCUCAUUGUCUGAACACAUCAUGGUUAAAGGGAUAGUUCACCAAAAUUAACAAAUUGUAUAUAGGUUACCCUGUAAGCAGUCUAUAGACAAGGUAUGACAGCAAUCCAUGCUUUAGUUUCAAAUGCAAACUUUUUGCGCUUCAUGUCCAAAUACCCCAAAAGUUCAAGUAUUGUGGUGACAGCAUCAUGUUAUCAGUAUGCUUGUCACCAGCAGAGACUGGGGAGUUUAUCAGGAUCAAAAGAAAUAUGAAAGGAGCAAAGCCCUGGUAAAAAGUAAGAGGAGAAAUCCGCCGUAGUCUUCUGAAAGCCGUGGGAUAGUUUUAUGCCAAAGACGCACCAGAAUGGCUUUCCAAGUGUUCCUGAAUGGUCCAGUCUCAGUCCUGAAAUCUGCUUGUAAAUCUUAAACAUGGUUUGGAUAUUGCUGUAAAUUUAAAGAAGAGAAAGAGAUGGGUAACUUCUCUCUCUGUCCCCCCAGGUCUUGCUCCUCCCCCCGUGGCCAAGACAGUGAGUGUGAUGGACGCUAUGAACCAGCAGUCUAAACCAGGGACCGGACAGGGCCACAACAGAGCCCCACCACCCAAGUCUCCAUCUGGGUGAGCAUACACACACACACAUACACACUGCCUGAGGCAACAUGUUUUGCUUCGAUGAACACAAUGCAAGUUUACUUUUGGAGAAAAAAAACCUAUAGGGUUUCUGGUUUACCAUUUCAUUAACUUACAAGCUGAGCUCCUAAAAGACAGAGCUCCUCAUCCACAUGGCUCUACUCAGUCUCCUAUAGGUCUGAGUUGUGUGACUGUCAAAGGGAAAUGUACUGUCAAAGGGAAAUGCACUGUCAAAGGGAAAUGCACUGUCAAAGGGAAAUGUACUGUCAAAGGGAAAUGCACUGUCAAAGGGAAAUGCACUGUCAAAGGGAAAUGCACUGUGGGGUAAAUGUAUGUGUUAAUUUAAGCACAUCAUAAACAGCAGCUGACUGCUGUUUGUGGUUUUCAGCAACGCCAAAAGCUUCAGCAAAGGACCGACUCGAACGGGGUCCAUUGAAAGACCAGGUGGGUGUAAAAAAAAAAAUAUAUACUGUGUCUGUACAUAAUCUGCAAAGCAAGUAACAUAGUUGAGAUUACAAUGCUGUCAUUUCCUCUUCCUCUUUCAGCUAAGGAAGUGCCGGGAUGCCCCCAGAACUCGAUGGGUCAAUCGCUGCCUCCUGCCCCCAUGCCUAGGAAGACCUAUCCGGUGAGUUCCUUCCUCCUACCUACCGUUGACCUUAUGGUUGUUUGUCCUGUUGUUGAUUGUGAUUGGACAGUGUUUUUGACUUCUGUAUCUGAUAUUAUGUUUCAGUUUGUCUGAUUGUCCCUGUCGCUCUGUCCAUUUUAAUUUUAAUUUUAUUUAAAGUUUAUUUAACUAGGCAAGUCAGUUAAGAACAAAUUCUUAUUUACAAUGACGGCCUACCCCGGCCAAACCUGGACGAUGCUGGGCCAAUUGUGCACUGCCCUAUGGGACUCCCAAUCACGACCGGAUUGUGAUACAGCCUGGAAUCUAACCAGGGUCUGUAGUGACGCCUCUAGCACUGAGAUGCAGUGCCUUAGACCGCUGCGCCACUCGGGAGGCCUAUCAUCGUCUUUAAGUGUUUUCUCUGUGGUUUCCAUCCUAUGCCCACCACUACUAAGAGGGAGGGAAACGUUGAAGUGUGUACUUGUUCCUGAAACCUCUCAUAUCUCUCAGUCCCUAGCUCAGUGCUACUAUUCUGUGAAAUACAACUCACCAUGUAAACUAUUGACAGAUCAGGGAUAGCCUUUGGCGAAAAUACGUAAUGCACCACUCCAGCCUCCUAGUCUGCGGUCAACAGCUACCCUCCUUACCCAGUCAGACGCUUACUAUGUCCUGUGUCAGUGGUUCGCUAUGCAACCCUCCAGCAGUCACUGUGGAAGUGGGGGUCAAACAUACCAAAGAAGUGACAGAUACAGGAGGUCCUCCUGUUGAAAGACUGCAUCUGUCUGCAGAACACGCUGUAUACUUGCCUGUCUGCAUAUAAUUAGAAUAAUUAGAAUGACUAGAAUGGGAAAAGCCCCCCAGACCACAGCAAUUUGACAUCAUGGUUACAUUCAAUGUGGCCACCGGCCCACCUGUCACGGAAGGUUGACUUGAACGUUCGUUCUAGUAAUGAUAUUUCUAUGCCUGUCUGUCUGUCUCUCAUCAUAUUGAACCUGUUUGUUUCAGAAGCAUAGGCCCAAGCGGGUAAAGGCCAUCUAUAACUGUAUGGCAGACAACCCAGACGAGCUGACCUUCUCAGAGGGGGAGGUGAUUGUGGUGGAUGGGGAGGAGGACCAGGAGUGGUGGGUGAGUGUAUGUCUGUCUGUGUGUGUGUGUGAAUCACCUCUAAAUCAGGCUGCUGGACACGCUCACUUUCUGAAAUUGUGUGUGUAGUAACUGGGUCGGCAUGGCUACUGCAUAUGAAUUUAUGUGUAGGGAUACUGAGAGUGGAGAAGUGACUGUGAGUUUGUCGUCAUUCACAUGCCGUAAGAGCUUCCGGCCCAGUUAUGGUCUAAAUCAGGCCCAUUACAAACUCCAAGAUCGUCCAAUGAGCAUGUGUCAGAAACCAUGGUGGCCCCAGCAGCACAAGCCAUGACCUCAUUCUGCCUCUCCCUCUCCCUCUCCCUCUCCCUCUGUCUCUGUCUCUGUCUCUCUCUCUCUCUCUCUCCCCUGCCUUCCUUCCUCUGAGAAGUCUGUUGUCUGAAUACAGGCCAGCUGCAACUUGUUUUUCCCAAAGCAACCUCUGCAAACAUGACCAUAUUUAGUCACUUAUUCUAUAUGGGACUCUGUGUUAUAGGGGCCUUUACAAAUCUCUCUGUUUUCUGAUUUAAAUGUCAUUUUGUUAAUGUCCACUCCUGAAUUGAAAACAACUGAAGCAGAAUAUAUACUGAACAAAAAUAUAAACUCAACAUGCAACAAUUUCAAAGAUUUUACUGAGUUACAGUUCAUAUAAGGAAAUCAAGUCAAUUGAAAUAAAUAAAUUAGGCCCUAAUCUGUGGAUUUCACAUGACUGGGCAGGGGCGCAGCCAUGGGUGGGCCUGGGAGGGCAUAGGCCCACCCACUGGGGAGCCAGGCCCAGCCAAUCAGAAUGAGUUUUUCCCCACAAAAGGGCUUUAUUACAGACAGAAAUGCGCCUCAGCACCCCCUCAGACGAUCCCGCAGGUGAAGCCGGAUGUGGAGGUCCUGGGCUGGCGUGGUUACACGUGGUCUGCGGUUGUGAGGCCGGUUGGAUGUACCUCCAAAUUCUCCAAAACAACGUUAAAGGCGGCUUAUGGUAGAGAAAUUAACAUUCAAACCUCUGGCAACAGAUCUGGUGGACAUUCCUGCAGUCAGCAUGCCAAUUUCACGGUCCCUCAAAACUUGAGACAUCUGUGUUGUUGUGUGACAAAACUGCAAAUUUUAGAGUGGCCUUUUAUUGUCCCCAGCACAAGGUGCACCUGUGUAAUGAUCAUGCUGUUUAAUCAGCUUCUUGAUAUGCCAUACCUGUCAGGUGGAUGGAUUAUCUUGGCAAAGGAGAAAUGCUCACUAACAGGGAUGUAAAAAAAUCUGUGCAAAAAAAUUAGAGAAAUAAGCUUUUUGUGUGUAUGGAAAAUGUCUGUGAUCUUUUAUUUCAGCUCAUGAAACAUGGGACCAACACUUUCCAUGUUGCGUUUAUAUUUUUGUUCAGUAUAGAAAGUGGUAGAAGAAGUCCACAGAGGUGAAUGUCUGUGAUGUUUGUGUUGGAAGUACAUUGGGCUCUUGGCCGGGAAAUCCUGCAGUUAAAAACACUGUAGUUAUGCUGCAUCUCUCAUGAUCUAUAUGCAAACUAGUGAGUGUUUACUAACAAAAAAGUGUGUGUGUGCAUGUGUUUUUCCCCUGUUAUCAGUGUGUGACUUUGUGCAUCUCUCCUGUUCUCUCCCAGCUGGGCCACAUCGAAGGAGAACCAAUGAGGAGGGGGGCUUUCCCCGUCACGUUCAUACACUUCAUCAUGGACUGA